GUGAGUCAGUCAGGGGGAGUAGAGUCUAAGUGGUGAGGAGUGGAACCGAUUGUCUGGUUGUGCACCUUCCACCAUGGUUGACACCCAUACUGGGAAGAGUACUGCCCCCUCCGAGACCGAGCAGGCCCGGAUUGCCACCCUUUUGAGAGAGAAGAAAGAGAAGAAGGAGCUCCUGAAGCAGGCAAAGUUAAAGGCCAUUGAGGAGGAGCAAGCGGCAAAGAAGAAGAGAUUGGAGGAGGAGAUGUUGAGAUUUCAAAAGGAGAAGCUGAUGUUGCUAGAGAGAGAGAAGGAAGAGAGGAGGAAGGCUGCCGAGGAAGAAGCAGCAGCAGAAGAGGAAGAAGAAGAAGAAGAAGAAGAGCCCCUUGAAAGAAGACGCGGAGAAGAGAGAGGGGAAGCAAGUGGCACGAAGGAGGACAGAUGGAGGGAGAAGAAGAUAAGUGAAUGGGUGGCUAAUUUAUCCUUGGGAGAAGAUGAAGAGGCACAUUUAUAUGUGCCGCAGGAGGAGAGGGAGGCGUUUGCCAGGGCAUCGGAGUUAAUAGAAGAUCCCCUGGAAUGCCAGGCGAAAGAAGAUGAGAAGAAGUUGGAGCCCAAACGGAAGUCUCUGCCAAAUAAGAUGAUAGGCUUCCUGGAGGUCUUGAGUGAGGCCUGGCUAGAGGAGCAUCAGGCCCGCAAUGGUCAAGAAGUGACUCUACAAGCAAUGCGAUCCGGUUUUAGGGAAUUUGCGAGCGACGUGGUGGGCCACGUUGGGGCCGAGGUUAGAAGACUAAGGGAUGGCGUAGACAAGUUCUACGCUGGCGUCAUCGAGACCGCCAAAGUUGUGGCCACAACAGAGGCCACGGCGCGUCCCCGCAAAGAGGUAGUUAAGCUGAAGUUCCCUGACCCAUAUAGCGGGAAGAAAGAGGAAAACUUCGAUAACUGGGAGGCUAGUAUAAACACGAGUUUUUUCUUACAACAUACCGCCCCCAAGGAACAAGUCCUCGUUGCCUUCCAUGCUUUAAAAGACGAAGCAGCCAGCUUCGCCAGGUCCCUCGCACGUGCCGCAGAUUGCGAGCACAACAUGAUCGCAUACUCUAGGCUUACCCCCCUCGCCACUUUUCUCAAACUCCUGCGCGAGAGGUUUGCUGACGUCACCAGAGGCGUCAGGGCCUCUGAUAAGCUCCAAACCAUCCAUUCGCGACAGCGGAGGAGUGCGAGAGCACUCAAAGCUGUCAUGGACGACUUGGUAGCCGUCCCCGACCACGGGGUCACUGAGACCCAGUUGGUUCAGUUGUUUUAUCGUGUCAUGCCAAAGCCCUUACGAGGGCACUUUUUUGACAAGACCCAACAGCCCAACAUCACAUACGAUGCAUUGAGUAGGGAAGAGGUCUUGUUUGAGGCCAAGUCCAUGCCAGUUUCCACUUUCUGGCACAAGGACUUAGACAAGGGCAGAAAGUGGAAAGGUCGUACCAUCUCCGGCCAAGUGAGGGCCAAGGAUCAUAUGAUCCUUACAUUGGAAGAAGGUGGUACCGACGAGGUCCCGUACAGUCAGAUUGAGUGGGGGCUCGAGGAGGAGGACAGCAACGUGGGUCAGAGGAGGUCCUAUGCGGCUGUUGCGGCUGGAGGGAGGCCGCAAGGUAGAGGAGGAGGCCAGGGCCAAAGGGGCCAGGCCAUGGGGGGCCGAGGAUCGGGCGCACAGGGGGUUGGCGGUCAAGGGAACCGUCAAGUGGGAGAGGGAGUCCAGGCGUACUUUCGCCUAGAGAAAGAUGGGAAGGUGGAUAAAGUUCUCCAUUCCCUAACUCUCCUCGUACAAGAUGACCUUCCGUUUGACAUAGUCCUAGGCAUGGACUGGGGAGAGGCAGCAGGGGGCACACUCCACUUGAGAGAGCAUGAGUGUAGGCUCCCUAGUCCGUCAGGCGAGGUUAAGACCGCCCGUCUGUUCCAUGUUUCCGGAGAUGAUAACUCCUUGCCACAUUGCUGCCUCAGUGCUCCCGCGUUCGCGCAACUAGUGAGAAAGGAGCAAUUAGAGGAUCAGGUCUUUGUAGUGUAUGUAAGGUCUGUCACUGAGACGAAUGAAGAGGACAGUUCCACAGAUCCAGCCAUUGCCAAGCUGCUGGAAGAGUUUACAGAUCUCUCAGAGCCGCCGACAGGAGUAGUGUCGCGGCUGAUCCAGCACAGGAUAGAGAUAGAGCCUGGCAGUAGAACUCCUAAGGGAGCAGUUUACAGGAUGUCCCCAAGAGAGUUAGAGGAGCUGCACAAGCAAUUGGACGAGCUCCUGGAGAAAGGUUGGAUUAGACCCAGUUCGUUUCCUUUUGGAGCACCAGUACUAUUUGUCCCCAAGAAGGAAGGAGAGUUGCGUAUGUGCAUAGACUAUAGGGGUCUGAAUGCUAUCACAAUCAAAAAUGCUGAACCACUGCCCAGGAUAGACGAUCUCUUAGAUCGAGUGCAGGGUUGCAAGUAUUUCUCAAAGAGAGACUUGAAGUCCGAUUAUCAUCAGAUAGAAGUCCAUCCUGAUGACCAGUACAAGACUGCCUUCCGGACUAGAUAUGGGCAUUAUGAGUUCAUAGGGAUGCCCUUUGGACUGACCAAUGCGCCAUCAACAUUUCAGCGAUGUAUGAACGAUCUGUUUAGGCCUUGGUUAGAUAGAUUCGUCGUAGUAUAUCUAGACGACAUCUUAGUUUUCAGUAGGACCCUCCAAGAGCACCAGCGUCAUUUGAGACAGGUCUUGGAGAAGCUGAGAGAAGCGAACUUCAAGAUCAACGCGAAGAAGUGUGAGUGGGCCAAGACACAAGUCUUGUACUUGGGCCACGUAUUAGACGGAGAUGGCAUUAAGCCUGAGGACAGUAAGAUAGCGGCGAUUAGAGAUUGGCCGACACCCCGCACAUUGACUGAGUUGCGGUCGUUCUUAGGUUUGGAUAACUAUUAUAGGAAGUUCAUAAGAAACUUCUCCACCAUCGCCGCUCCCCUUCGCAGAUUGCUCAAGAAAGAGGCACUCUGGCAGUGGGAUAAGGAUUGUACGUCAGCGCUAAAGAAGUUAAAGCGCGCGUUGAUAGAAGACCUUGUCCUCAAAGUAGCAGAUCCGUCCUUGCCAUUUGUCGUCACCAGGGACGCGAGUCAGUAUGGUAUAGGCGCCGUGUUACAGCAAGCUGACGGCAAUGGCUAUAGACCCGUAGAGUUCAUGUCAGCGAGGAUGCCCUCAGAAAAGGUUGCUACCUCGACUCAAGUUCUUAAGAAGAAGUCGAGGAGGAAGAGGAAGAGGAAGAAGAGGAAGGAGGAAGAGGAAGAAGAAGAAGAAGAGGAAGAGGAAGAGCAAGAAGAAGAGGAAGAGGAAGAGGAGGAAGAGGAGGAGGAAGAGGGGGAGGAGGAGGGGGAGGAGGAAGAGGAGGAAGAGGAGGAAGAGGAGGAAGAGGAGGAAGAGGAGGAAGAAGAGGAGGAGGAAGAGGAGGAGGAAGAAGAGGAGGAGGAAUCAGAAUAUCAUCGAGAUAUAUUACGACAAAUUUAUCAAGCCAUUCACAAAAAUGUUCAUUCAUAGUUCUUUGGAAAGUUGCAGGGGCAUUCGUAAGCCCGAAGGGCAACACAAUGAACUCAUAGUGCCCAUACCUUGUUCGAAAGGCAGUCUUGUAUUGGUCUUUUGGCUCUACCUCAAUCUGAUGGUAGCCAGACUUCAAAUCAAUCUUAGUGAAGUAC